CUAAACCCCUCUCUCUCUCUCUGUGUGUGUGUGUGUGGGGGGGGUUUUCUGCGGCUGCUUUGCGGGGUUAUUUGUGCCGAUCUCUCUGUGUCUCUCUCUCUCUGUGUCUCUCUCUCUGUCCUCUUGGGCUGUGUCUGUAACAUGGCUACAUGAUUGAGGGGAAUGAGUGCCAGGGACAAGGCCGGCCUCCUCCUCCUCCUCCUCCCGCCGCCGCCGCCGCCCUUGUCUGAGACCGAGGGACCGUCCCAAACACUCGCCACUUUACAAGGUUACACAAGUUGGGGGAGUUUAUCCCAGCCAGGAAUGGAAGUGGAGCUGACUGAAUUCCCUCAGGAAUUUCAGUAACCUUAUCAACUCUGUGCAGAUUCUCCAGUUCCAUAUUCCCAGAGCAGGGUGACGUGCUGACACUGUGCUACACAGGAGGAUGGGAAAAAGGCGGUGCCUUCAAGUGGAGCCAACGCUCGAACAGAAGAUAGCAGCCGGGUGCUGCGGAGUGAAGAAACCCAAACUAUCGGGGAGCAAUGUGCACAACCAACUGAACCACCCCGGGACAGUCCUAGGUUGCGGCUCUGUGGCCGGCCUGCAGUCUGGAACAGCCCUGGGGAAUCACCACAAUCACAGCCAAAACCACAACUAUAGCCAAAACCAUUGCGAGAGGAACAACAGGGAGAGCAAUGGGAAUGUGAACUCUUUGAACUCUACACUUAACCCUAUGACGGGACUGACCACAGUAGGAAGCCGGCCGAAUGGGACCGGGCUCAGCGGGACCAGUGGAGUGAAUGUGAGGAAGCUGGUGGUGACUGCAGAGAUGUGCUGCUACUGCUUUGAUGUGUUGUACUGUCACCUUUAUGGAUUCCCACUGCCCCGAUCACCCAGGUUCACCAAUGACCCAUAUCCACUGUUUGUAACAUGGAAGAUGGGCCGGGAUAAACGCCUGCGAGGCUGCAUUGGAACCUUCUCUGCCAUGAACCUACAUUCAGGACUCAGGGAAUACACACUUACCAGUGCCCUUAAAGACAGCCGAUUCCCCCCACUGACACGAGAGGAACUGCCCAAACUCUUCUGCUCUGUUUCGUUGCUCACAAACUUCGAGGAUGCCAGUGAUUACCUGGACUGGGAGGUGGGAGUACAUGGGAUUCGGAUCGAGUUUGUAAAUGAGAAGGGAGCGAAACGCACAGCAACGUACCUGCCUGAAGUGGCUAAGGAACAGGACUGGGACCAGAUUCAGACCAUAGACUCUCUCCUGCGGAAAGGAGGUUACAAAGCUCCGAUCUCAAAUGAAUUCAGGAAAGCAAUCAAGCUCACCAGGUACUGCAGUGAGAAAGUAACAAUCAGCUAUGCCGAGUACAUGGCUUCACGACAACACUAUUUUCAGAAUGGCACCCUCCAUGCUCCACCUCUCUACAAUCAUUACUCCUGACAACAGGCUGCAUGAUCAAUCACGGGACUCCACCUACGACCUCAUCGGGGGUGAUGCCUCCUCCUCCUGGUCUAGUUACUUUUACUACUGCACUAUUUUAUGAUGCUAGUUUCCGUUGCCAAGCAGGCCUUUGGUCACCGGCACCGUGGAAGGACUUGGCAACGGAAUCCUGUGGCAAAACAGUAGAAUAUUUGGG